AUGGAGCAGUCAGGUGAUGCUGGAAAAGCUCUUGAAAUCUCGAAUUUAGAAGAAAUUAUCGAUCCUGAUCUCUCAGAAGCAGUUUCUUCAACUUUUUUCAUGAAAUUGUUACCUUCUGAGUGUCUUGCAGUCAACUCUCAAUAUAUUUGCUACUCAGAUAAUAAUGAUUUGAUCAUCAUCUACAAGAGUGACUCAGAUGAAAAACAAACAAGAGUUGUCAGUCUGCCAAAUAAAAUAAAAAACCUAUUGAUUGCGAAAGCUGGCAAUUUUUUGGUUGCACUUACAGAAAAUGAUGGAUUUCAUAUCAUCGAUAUCGAAUCUUCUAAGGAGAUAUUAGAUAUAGGGAAAUCCCAAAGCACCAAAAACAUUAAAUGGCACCCAAGAGUUCCUGGCAUUUUGGCAAUUAACAUUGAAGGGGUAUGCUUAGAAAUAUGAACUAGAGUUGAUCAAACUUUUAAGUCAACUUCUUUUGACAAAAAAGAUAUAAUUGCCUUUGACUUAAGUCCAGGCCCUAGCAUAGAAAUCGGCUAUAUUGGAAAUGAUGGAAUUUUAAAAAUUUGCGAUCUAGAGAGCAACACAGAACAAGCACUUUCAUCUCAAUCCAUAGAUGAUGCAAUAGAUAUCAUUUUCAUCGAUAGAGAUACAAUUGCAGUUUACUCCUCAAUUGGAAUCACAUUUUACUCUCGCUCACCUUCAUUUGAGCCUAUAACAUAUUCCAAAACUGCCUUCUUAUAUGACCCUAUUAGUGAGGUCGCUCUUUUAAGUGACUUUCAAUCCACCCAAGUUUCUUUGUUCACCAAAGAAUCAAUUUUAUCCCAAAAAUAUGAUGAGACCAUUGAUAUCAGCCUAAAAUCACCUCAACAGCAAUUAGAAAUCCAAUGCAAAGAUAUUUCGAGACGCGCAAUAGACAUUAUAAUUCGGCAUGAAGACGAAAUUUAUAAAUAUCCAUUUGUAUUAUCGCCUGAGUCUGAUUUAGAAGAAAAAGAAUUAGAACCUUUAGAAAAUAAAGAAGAAGCUAAAACAAUUAGUGAAAAUAAAGUAGAUGAUGCUCAGAAAUCAGCUUCACAAAAGAGAAAAGAAAAGAAAAGUAAUAGAACUCCUGCUAAAAAAAACACAAAAACAAAGCCAUUAGCAGAAGUCGCUGAAUUUAAACCUCCUGAGCCACCUAAACAAAUUCCUGCCAAAGAUAUGGUCACUCCUAUUAUCAGCUGCUUGAAUAAAAGAUUUGACGACCUCAUGAGGAGACUUGAAAAAACCUUAUCUGAGCAAACACUUUCUCAGGUGAUUUCCAAGCAUCUUCAAGCAAAUUAUGAAAACAAAGGCCAAGACCAACUAAACGCUAUAAAAACUGCUUUGCAGUCGUAUAUUUUCCAGGCUUUUGGCAAUGAAUUUCGCACUGUUUUAAUUCCAAUUUUUGAAAGAGACAUAGGCGAGAACUUUAAAAACAUGUUUUUCCUGCUCCAAGAAACCUUAAGACAAAGCUCUGAAAGAAAUGCUAGAGAAGAGGCAAAAUCUCAGUCACUAAAUACUCAUAUGAAAAACACUAUUGAAGGACUAAACACUUUAUCAAAAAAGCUAGGAAAAGUUGCUUUUAAGCAGCUAAAAAGAGUUGAAGAACUUGAAAUUGUGAUGGUUGAAAAAGCUUCAGCGGCUGUCACAAGCACUAUCGAAAUUCCUAAGGUAGAUACUUAUGUGAGUAAGCUUAAGCAAGAAAUAGAAAAAUAUUUGAAUGAAAAAGAUUUUGAUAAAGCAAUCACUAGGCUUAUACAAGAAAAUAAUACCAAUUAUUUAUUUAAGGUUUUGGCUUUGAUGGAUCCUAGACCUUUAAUGGCCAGAGAUUACUUAUCAAGUGAUACAGUUUUAAAUUUGUUUUAUCUUCUUGUUAGCUGUGUUGAGCAAGAAAAAGAAUUUCCGGAUAUCAUGAUUUGACUGGAAGAAUUAUGCAAAAAAUUACCGACAGGGUCAUCUGAUCUAAGCAAAAUUUUAGCCAGGCUGUGUGAGGUAUGUGAUAGAAAUUCAAAACUUAGAAGCAUUAUGAAGUUAUAUACAAUGAGAUUAAGAUAG